AUUAGAAGGAAAACUGCGAGCUGAGGAGAGGAGGUGAAUGGAUGGGAGCAGGAGUGGACAACUGAGAGACUUUGUGCUGUACCAGACGACCAAUCAGGAUUUGGAACUAAGAAACCUUUCUAACAAGCUGCCACAUUUCCAACUGAGGAUUUAUUGAUUGGAGAUUGUUUUAAUGUUAUUAAUACCCUUGCAAUUGCAAUGGAAUUACAGUAUCUCUUAUCAAUUCUAAGUAAUUAAUCGGAUUUAAAUAUUGUUGAGUGUUUUCUAGACUUUUGCCCCUGGCUCCAAGGUCCUGGUUAUCACUUUGAGAAUGAAGCCCAUACAAAGACUGUUUCAGCUGCCAGUGACUGCUGUGAAUCUGGUCAAAAACGCUCAGACACCAGAGGAAGCUAAAAGCCCGGUUUUGUCGCCCGAUGGCGGGCAGCAAACGUGGUAUAAUGCCUUGCAGUCGGACGAGCUGCGGCUGUUAAGAACGCCGGAUCAGGAGACGCCAUUGGACGAGACUGCGGCCAGUAGCAGCCAAACUCAGCCACUGCGACACGAUGACCUGAAAGAAAUGCUGGACAGUAACAAGGACUCUCUGAAGCUGGAGGCUAUGAAGAGGAUUGUCGCUAUGAUUGCCAGAGGAAAGAAUGCUUCAGACCUGUUUCCAGCAGUUGUCAAGAAUGUGGCCUGUAAAAACAUUGAGGUGAAGAAGCUGGUGUACGUGUACCUGGUCCGGUAUGCAGAGGAACAGCAAGACCUGGCGCUGCUUUCCAUCUCCACCUUCCAGAGGGGGUUAAAGGACCCCAACCAGCUGAUCCGGGCCAGUGCUCUGCGAGUUCUCUCCAGUAUCAGGGUCACCAUCAUCGUUCCCAUCAUGAUGCUGGCCAUCAAGGAAGCAGCGUCCGACAUGUCCCCCUACGUUCGCAAGACAGCCGCCCAUGCCAUCCCCAAACUCUACAGUUUGGACCCAGAUCAGAAGGACCAGUUGAUUGAAGUUAUUGAGAAACUCUUGGCAGACAAAACAACGCUGGUGGCGGGCAGUGUUGUGAUGGCGUUCGAGGAGGUCUGCCCAGAGCGGAUCGAUCUCAUUCACAAGAACUACCGCAAGCUGUGUAACCUGCUCAUCGACGUGGAGGAGUGGGGCCAGGUGGUGAUCAUCAACAUGCUGACCCGCUACGCCAGGACCCAGUUCCUCAACCCCAACCACAACGAGUCGCUGCUGGAGGAGAGUGCAGAGAAGGCGUUCUACGGCUCUGAUGAGGAGGAGACGGAGGAGAAGGAUGAGAAGGAGGAGGUGGCUGCCCUGGCCAAGAGGAAGCCCUAUGUGAUGGACCCUGACCAUCGGCUGCUCCUGCGCAACACCAAACCCCUGCUGCAGAGCAGGAACGCAGCGGUGGUGAUGGCGGUCGCUCAGCUUUACUUCCACCUGGCUCCAAAGGCUGAGGUCGGUGUGAUCGCUAAAGCCCAGGUGCGCCUGAUGAGGAGCCACAGUGAGGUCCAGUAUGUUGUUCUUCAGAACGUGGCGACCAUGUCUAUCAAGCGCAGGGGAAUGUUUGAGCCAUACCUGAAGAGCUUUUACAUCCGGUCUACAGACCCUACCCAGAUCAAAGUGCUCAAGUUGGAGGUUUUGACCAACCUGGCGAACGAAACUAACAUCUCCACCAUCCUAAGGGAAUUUCAGACCUACAUUAAGAGCAUGGACAAGGACUUUGUCGCCGCUUCCAUCCAAGCCAUCGGUCGCUGUGCCACCAACAUCGGAGAGGUGCGGGACACCUGCCUGAAUGGACUGGUGCAGCUGCUCUCCAACCGGGACGAGCUGGUGGUUGCAGAGUCGGUGGUGGUGAUUAAGAAGCUGCUGCAGAUGCAGCCCGCUCAGCACAGUGACAUCAUCAAGCACAUGGCUAAACUCACUGACAACAUCCAGGUUCCUAUGGCCCGAGCCAGCAUCCUGUGGCUCAUAGGGGAAUACUGCGAACACGUUCCCAAGAUCGCCCCUGACGUGCUGAGGAAGAUGGCAAAGUCCUUCACCAACGAGGAAGACAUCGUCAAGCUGCAGAUCAUCAACCUGGCUGCCAAGCUGUACCUGACCAACUCCAAACAGACCAAACUCUUGACCCAGUAUGUUCUCAACCUGGCCAAGUACGACCAGAACUAUGACAUCAGAGACCGAGCGCGCUUCAUCCGGCAGCUGAUCGUCCCCACAGAGAAGAGCGGGGUCCUCAGCAAGUACGCCAAGAAGCUCUUUCUGGCCCUGAAGCCAGCGCCUGUCUUUGAGUCACCCUUUAAAGACCGGGACCACUUCCAGCUCGGCUCACUCUCCCACCUACUGAACGCCAAGGCCACCGGCUACCAAGAGCUGCCCGCCUGGCCAGGCAUGGCCCCCGACCCAUCAGUGCGCAACGUGGAGGUGAAGGAAGCUGUUCCUGAAUGGACCAAGUGCAGCAGCCGUGAGAAGCGCAAGGAGAAAGUGGAGAAGCCAUUCUACUCUGAUUCUGAGGGAGAGUCUGGACCCACUGAAUCUGCAGACAGCGAGUCAGAGCUGCCAAGUGAGAUGGAGAGUGGAGGUGGGAGUGAGAGCGAGGAGGGCGGCUCUGGAUCGGGCAGCGAGGAGAGCGACGAGGGCUCCGAAUCUGGGAAAGAGAAAAAGAAGAAGCCUGAAAAGAUUAAAGUCAGGAAAACCCUACCGGAGAGCGCAGAAAGCGAGCUGAGCGGAGAGGAGGAGAAGAGGAAGAGGAAGGAGAGGAAAGCAAGCUCUGAGUCUUCGUCUGAGGAAGAGGAGGAGAGCUCAUCUGAAAGCAGCUCCUCCGAGUCUGAGUCAGAAGAGGAAUCCGAGUCUGAGCCCGAGACCAAGAAGAAGAAGAAGAUCUCGCUUUCCAAACCAGUUCCUAAACAACCCAAAAAAGAGAUCUCCCUCCUUGACUUGGAUGACUUCAUCCCCACCCCAUCCCCUCAGGUGACCCCCAUCAACAACAUUGUGUCCAACAGCCUGGCCACUGACUUGCAAGGGCUGUCCCUGACCGACAGCGCCCUCUCCCCGACGAUGAUCAGCCCCUCGUUCAGCUCCGUGAAGACCUACGAGCUGCUGCACCGCAUCACUGGGGAGGGCCUGGCGGUGGAGUACUGCUUCAGCCGGCAGCCCUACAGCCUCGACCCGCACAUGGUGGCAGUGCAGAUCCAGUUCAGCAACAACACAGACACCGAGGCCAAGAGCCUGCGCAUCCAGGAGCCCAAACUCAUGUCAGGCAUGAGGAUGCAGGAGUUCCCUGAGAUCGAGGUCCUGGCUCCUGGUGAAACAGUCACUGUCGUCAUGGGAAUUGAUUUCUGUGACUCCACGCAGGCUGCCAACUUUCAGCUGUGCACCCAAACCCGCAAGUUCUAUGUCUCAAUCCAGCCUCCGGUGGGUGAGCUGAUGAUGCCUGUGUUCAUGAGUGAAAACGAGUUCAAGAAAGAGCAAGAGCAGCUAAUAAAGCUGAGUAUGGGUCAUCUGAUGGGAAUGAAUGAGAUCAAUGAGAAGCUGACCAUGGGAGAGAAAUGCCAGAGUGACCACGCCAUCGUCCAGAGAGUAACCUCGGCUGCCAACCUGAGCCGGGUGCCCUGCGGGUCAGACAGAGAGUACAGAUUUGCUGCUAAGACGGUGGCCAGUGGCAGCCUGGUGCUGGUUACCGUGGUGACGAAAGAGGGCAUGGCGGCCCAGCUGACCGUGAACUGUGAGAAGAUGGUGAUUGGCACCAUGCUGGUGAAGGACAUUCUUCAGGCCCUGUCACAGUGAUGGAACUGUGACCUUUAGCUGUACCAUCCCCUUAGACUGCACCAAUCUGCUGUAAUACCCAGACACUUCCCCUGUCCCUUUCCCCAAGUCUCUCCUUCAGCCAGAAACCCAUGCCUGUCUUGGCCAUGGGAGAAUUCGAGUCAUGUUUGCAGAAUACUCAUGUAGCUCUUGCUUGCUCAUACAUGUUUGCACAAUCAGAUAGCAACGAGUUUGCAAGAUGUGUACAAAUGCAGCCCCAAGCAUUUCCAGAUAUAUUUUCAAUAUGUGGUCAACAUAUACAGUACUGUGCAAAAGUUUUAGGCAGGUGUGAAAAAAUGCUGUAAAGUAAGAAUGCUUUCAAAAAUAGACAUGUUAAUAGAUUAUAUUUAUCAAUUAACUAAAUGCAAAGUGAGUGAACAGAAGAAAAAUCUAAAUCAAAUCCAUAUUUGGUGUGACCACCCUUUGCCUUCAAAACAGCAUCAAUUCUUCUAGGUACACUUGCACAAAGUCAGGGAUUUUGUAGGCAUAUAGUCAGGUGUAUGAUUAAACAAUUAUACCAAACAGAUGCUAAUGAUCAUCAAUUCAAUAUGUAGGUUGAAACACAAUCAUUAACUGAAACAGAAACAGCUGUGUAGGAGGAAUAAAACUGGGUGAGGAACAGCCAAACCCAGCUAACAAGGUGAGGUUGCUGAAGACAGUUUACUGUCAAAAGUCAUACACCAUGGCAAGACUGAGCACAGCAACAAGACACAAGGUAGUUAUACUGCAUCAGCAAGGUCUCUCCCAGGCAGAAAUUUCAAGGCAGACAGGGGUUUCCAGAUGUGCUGUCCAAGCUCUUUUGAAGAAGCACAAAGAAACGGGCAACGUUGAGGACCGUAGACGCAGUGGUCGGCCAAGGAAACUUACUGCAGCAGAUGAAAGACACAUCAUGCUUACUUCCCUUCGCAAUCGGAAGAUGUCUAGCAGUGCCAUCAGCUCAGAAUUGGCAGAAAACAGUGGGACCCUGGUACACCCAUCUACUGUCCGGAGAAGUCUGGUCAGAAGUGGCCUUCAUGGAAGACUUGCUGCCAAAAAGCCAUACCUCCGACGUGGAAACAAGGCCAAGCGACUCAACUAUGCACGAAAACACAGGAACUGGGGUGCAGAAAAAUGGCAGCAGGUGCUCUGGACUGAUGAGUCAAAAUUUGAAAUAUUUGGCUGUAGUAGAAGGCAGUUUGUUCGCCAAAGGGCUGGAGAGCGGUACACGAAUGAGUGUCUGCAGGCAACAGUGAAGCAUGGUGGAGGUUCCUUGCAAGUUUGGAGCUGCAUUUCUGCAAAUGGAGUUGGGGAUUUGGUCAGAAUUAAUGGUCUCCUCAAUGCUAAGAAGUACAGGCAGAUACUUAUCCAUCAUGCAAUACCAUCAGGGAGGCAUCUGAUUGGCCCCAAAUUUAUUCUGCAGCAUGACAACGACCCCAAACAUACAGCGAAAGUCAUUAAGAACUAUCUUCAGCGUAAAGAAGAACAAGGAGUCCUGGAAGUGAUGGUAUGGCCCCCACAGAGCCCUGAUCUCAACAUCAUCGAGUCUGUCUGGGAUUACAUGAAGAGAGAGAAGCAACUGAGGCUGCCUAAAUCCACAGAAGAACUGUGGUUAGUUCUCCAAGAUUUUUGGGCCAACAUACCUGCCGAGUUCCUUCAAAAACUGUGUGCAAGUGUACCUAGAAGAAUUGAUGCUGUUUUGAAGGCAAAGGGUGGUCACACCAAAUAUUGAUUUGAUGUUGAUUUUUCUUCUGUUCACUCACUUUGCAUUUUGUUAAUUGAUAAAUAUAAACUAUUAACAUGUCUAUUUUUGAAAGCAUUCUUACUUUACAGCAUUUUUUCACACCUGCCUAAAACUUUUGCACAGUACUGUAUGUGAAGCCAUGUUUUUUAUUUAUUAUACGAGAGCUAACCAUUGCUUUAAAUUUAAGUGUAUUACCUCUUAUUAGAUAAAAUAACAUGAUACCCCUUUAGUUGUCAUGAUUAAUAUUAAUUUAGAAUAUGCAAUUAUUUCAAAGUUUAUAGAUAAACUGGUACCUUUGCUGUAGGUCUGAUUGAAGCUUCACCAUUGGACCGGGAAGCAUCAGCCACUUUUCAUCUGUAGCAUUGUGAUUGAAAUCUCUAUUUACAAAGCUUGAACUCAUUUACAUGGUCUUGUACAAGAACAAAGAAGUGCCUGGUUUUGUUUAGAAAAACAUAAAGUAUAAACUGUAGGUGUUCAAAACAAAGGUAACAGAAAGUCUAUCGCAUUGGGGAAUUACACUCCAUUCAUAUAAAUGUCCACACAUUUUUUAUAUUUCCAAAGCAGGGUUGUCUCACACCUAAACUCACGCCACACAGGCUUCUCACUCCUCACUCCUCUUCUCAGACUGGCCAUUUUUCCCUGUUUAAAUGUUUCCAUUAAUUGAAUAAACACAGCUCCUAAAUGAUUUUCUCGCAUUUCUCAUAAAUUAAUAAUUACCGGAAUUUCUUAACUCAAAGCUGGUGCUUUACUGGCCUCUCGUGGCCAAUUCCGGAACUACAGGCAACCGAGACACACACAACUUAGGCUGCCAAGUUAUUCAAGAAGUCUGUUUUUAUGAGUAAAAUCGAGUUUGAUGUUUCUGAAACUGUUCGGGACUGUUGUUGGUUUUAUUAACAACAGUAAAGAACAGUUUAAUAAAUAUUUAGUAAAACCAUUUUUAAAACAACCCAUGUGUUAAAGCUUUGUGAACAGAGUUCAUUCAUAAUAUACGUAUGUUCUUAAAGCAUGGAAAUAGCAAACGUUUUACACCCUUUGAAGGUGUUUUCAAAAGAUUGAUGACUGUAGAAAGAAAGAGCAAGUAGAACGAAAAUGAAAUGGCAAUGAUUUGGAUUUCUUUAACACACCGUUGAUCGUACACAUUGACAUUGUUUAUUAUUUUCCCAGGCAAAAAGGCGUUGGGCAUGUUAGUCACAGCUGAAGGAGUUUGCUCCGUAGUGCAAUCACCUCCAUGAUUGUUCCUGGUUUCAUUUCUGCCUAGCGUGAAUGUAGCAUGUAUUAAUGGGUUAGACUGAUACCACAAACCGCCGUGUUGAUUGACCAAACCUGGAAAUCACCAUUUAUUUAAAGAGGAAACAACCAAACCCUUUCAUAACAUUUCCACACCAAGUAUCUGCAAGCCCCUUAGCAUUUGUUUUUGUUGUCUUCCAAACUUGUUUUCACUUUUUCUAGCAAGGUCAAUGUAUCCUCCCUAUAUAAUUGCUCUUAAUUGUAUUAAUACUUGUACUGUGAUUCUUGAAAUGUAUUUUUGUUUACGACUGUAAGUCGCCCUGGAUAAGGGCGUCUGCUAAGAAAUAAAUAAUAAUAAUAAUAAUAAUAAUAAUAAUAAUAAUAAUAAUAAUAAUAAUAAUAAUAAUAAUAUAUAUAUAUACACACAGGGGUGUAGUGCUGGGGGGUCGGGGGGAGCGCUGCCCCCCCACUUCUCUUGGGCAGGGAGAGCACCACUUCUCUGCUUUACGUGCAGAAUAUUUAACUGGUUUAAUAUAUGGAGAUAUACAUGUGUGUAACCCAUACAAAUAAGCAAAGAUUACAACAACCAUAAAAAACCCUUGAGAGAUAAAUAAUGAAAACAUUUGAAUGUAGCGUGCCUGGUCUGGAACAAGAGGUGUGAAUAAUGUAGAGAGGUGAAGGGAAUCUGUAUCAAAGCUGUGCUGAGGUGUCAGCGUUUUACAAUUAGAUGUAAUAAUUGGAACAGUUCUUAUUUUUAGACCCCAUAUUAGGAGGCUGUGUGGUCCAGUGGUUAAAGAAAAGGGCUUGUAACCAGGAGGUCCCCGGUUCAAAUCCCACCUGAGUCACUGACUCAUUGUGUGACCCUGAGCAAGUCACUUAACCUCCUUGUGCUCCGUCUUUCGGGUGAGACGUAGACUCUGCAGCUGAUGCAUAGUUCAUGCACCCUAGUCUCUGUAAGUCGCCUUGGAUAAAGGCGUCUGCUGAAUAAACAAAUAAGAAGAAGAAAGAUAAAUUAAGCUAAACAUAUAUUUAAAAGAUAAAGCUCAAUCGCAACAAAUAAAUAAAUGGUACCUGUGGCCUUACACAUCUCUUUUUGCAAACGGAUGCACUUCUGUUUCAAAACCUCAGUCUCAUUCGCUCAUAAGCGGCUGCAAUAGGCUAGUGAGACGAGCUGAUUCUGGACCAAACCAUUCAAUAUACGAGUGGGGGAGUGUUACGCAUAGGAUUAAUAAUAAUAAUAAUGACGGCGUUUUAAUCGUGUGUGUAUUAGUGUAUGAAACUGGUUGUGAAAAUAUGUACAGUAUUUAUUUAUUUAUUUAAGUAUCUUUAAUAUAAAUAGCUGUACAUCUAGUUGCUUUACAAUAAUACCUCAAUACCUGAAUGUCUGUAUUUGUGAUCAGCUGGUACAGUUGUUAGCCAUUUCAAAUACCGUAACUACUAGUAAUAAACUGUGGUUCUGUUGAGUGUGUGGGGAAACAGGGACUGGUAGGGUUGAGAGAGUUGGGGGGGGUAGAUAACAGCGACCCCUCACUUCUAAAUAUAGCACUACACCACUGUGUGUGUGUAACAGGAGAAAAAUUCAUAAAUAUCAAGCCACAUGGAGUAUGUCAACUUUUUUUUUUUUUUUUACAUUUUUCAAAUGAAAGGUGAGUUAAGGUUUUGUGGCUACAGGCCAUGGUAGCUAUUUAGGAUCAUCAUUAUUAUUAUUAUUAUUAUUAUUAUUAUUCAAACAAGCGUUUCUCUGCUGAAUGUAAUAGAAUAUGUUGAUUUGUUCUCUGGUGGUAAUUACAAUGAAUUAUUGUAUAAUAUACAAUAAAUUAGAAGGCACAAAUAUUGAAUGAUGGCAUGUAAAGGGGUAGGGAGGUGCUUUAAUCAUUUUAUGCAAUGUGUUGUAUUUAUCCUUACAGAAAAAAAUGGGAUCCCAAUGUAUUAACCUGAAAAGAAUACUAAACCAUUAUUAGACAAUUACCAGCAAUUAGAACCACACACUCUGGUACCAGUGUCAUACAUUGUGAUGUCACCAUUCCACCAUACCAGUGUAGCUGCUACCAUAGCCCCUUAGUACAGAACCAUUGCCUUGCCAUUGAAGAAGAUUUAUUUAUGUGGUGUAGCAUUGCUGACACUUAUUUCAAAUUACUUUAAGAACACAAAUAUGAAUUGCCUCUAAUCAAAUCUGAAAGGUUGGGCUGCAUUGCUUAGAAGAUGACAAAUCUUAUACCAAGGCCUGGACUAAGUUACAGCCCACAGUGCCAUGAAAGCAGCUUGUUUCUAUGGUGGUUCAGUUGCUAUAUACAGUGAAUCUUAAUUGAAUGCUAGCUUAGGUUGUCAAUUGUAUGCACAUGACAGUAACAUAUAUGAGACAUUCUAAUUUAAGAAAUUCUACUAGGAAACUUCCAACAUUUGAGUCAGACGUUUGUGUGGCGAUCAUUUCAAAUGACUUGAUGUAGACAGGGUGACUCGUGUACAUGGCACAGCAGGUAUAGCAGGUAUCAGUCUGCCCCUCUUUCUUGUUUGGUUGUAAAAUGUGAUGAUGUGUUUUUUGAAUGUGACAGCUUUAUUUAUUAUACAAAAUAAAAACUAUCAAUAAAAGCUGAAACCACG